AUGAGUUACUAACGAAUGCAAAAAAAAAAUUCGAUUUUCGAAAAAGUGGGUGCUAACUUCACAGACACUUAUAUUGUAUACACUCAAAUAGAUAUACUUAGCACUGAAAUUCAUCAAUAGACGAUAGACUUCCACUUACAUUGUAACUAAUACCAUAUAUGUAUUCACUAUCAUUCAUCAAGUAAGUUAGUAUUCUCUCCAUAUUGAGUAGACGUGUUUUUUGGUGCUCCUUAUGAUAUUUAUCGAGGCGAAUAAUUGAUCGAUGUUUUUCAAAUUGUUUUGAAUCGGAAAAUAAUCUUGUUGAUUAUUUUUCAAGACAUACGAAAUAUUCAUUUAAAAACAGUAAAUGAUCCAGUGAAAACCACCUCCGCUGAUUAUUAUAUUUUAUGGAAAAUUGUGUAAACAAGAACAAUUUUGCUGAAUUCUGAAUAUGCCAGCCAGAGGCGCACUCAAGAAGUGUUUCCCACAAAGUAAAUCGGAUGAAAUGGAAAUGAACUGUGAUAAAUGUGAAAACAAAUUAGAAGACUUCGUCGUGUUAUGCGAUGGAUUAUGCAAGCGGAGAUUUCAUCCAAAUUGUGCCAAUUUAGCGGAUGAUGCGUGGACAACGAUAUCAAAUGCUACAAAUGCAAAAUGGUACUGUAAUCAGUACCUGUUGUACAUCGAAUUGAUUUUGAAAAAUGGUAUAAACAUAGCUGAAAUAAAAAAACUAUUUGAAGAAAAAAUUGUUGAUAUUGAAAACAAGUUAACUGCUACAAAAAAUGCUAAGCAGAAUGCGAAAACAAAAACUUAUGCGCAAGCUACAGGAGAGGUGUUGGUGAUAAAACCUAAACGAAAGCAGGAAAGUUCAAUUACCAAAGAAGCCCUAAUGAAAUCUUGCAACCCUGCUACCUUAGAGGUAGAAAUAACCCAAGUUAAAAACAUCAAAGAAGGUGGAAUCCUGAUCAAAUGCAACAGCAAAGAAGAAGUUGAAAAAAUAAGAUCUGCAACUGAGAAGAAAUUAAAAAGAAGUUACGAUAUGAGACUGCCAAACCAAAUAAAUCCAAGGAUUAAAAUAGUAGGAAUAGAGGAAGAUAUGGAUAAAGAAACAAUUGAGGAAAUGAUUAGAAAACAAAAUGCGUGCCUUAUCAAAGAACAUCACCUUUUAGAUGUGAAAAUAAUCAAGAAGAUGAGAACUAGAUAUAUGGCCAUUGCAGAAUGCGAUCCUUCGUGUUUUAGUCUUCUUGUCGAGAGAGGAAAAUUGAGUAUAGGGUGGUCCAGAUGCAGUGUGUAUGAAUAUAUACCAGUAUUCAGAUGCUACAAAUGUGGAAAUUUUGAUCACAAGGCCAGUGAGUGCACAGAAGAAGAUAGAUGCCUACUUUGUACGUCAGUAAGUCACAAAACUGAAAAUUGUAAUGAGAAAGUAAAGUGUCAUAAUUGUGUAUCAAUGAAUGAAAAGUUUUCACUAAAAUUGAAUGUAGAACAUAAUAUAUUUGAUUUGAAUUGUUCAGUAUAUUUAAGGAAAGUUGAGGCGAAAAGAAAAUAUAUCAAAUUACCUGUUAAUAAUAGUCAAUAACAAUUAAAAAUAACCAAAACGGACAACCUCAUCAUAGUGCAUCAAAAUAUAAAUUCUCUGAGAAAUAAAUUAGAUUUGCUUGAAAUAUUUCUGAUGAAUGAGGAAAUUGAUGUACUUUGUCUUACAGAACAUUAUUUAACAGAGGAACUGUCAGGGUAUAUAUCUUUAAAUGGCUAUAAACUAGGUAGUAUAUUUUGUAGAAUUCUGAAAAGUUGUGGUGGUAGUGAGGUAGUGCCAUAUUUUGUAAAGAAUCUUUAAUAAACAAUGUUAAAGAAUUAAAAAAGAUAAAGGAAAUGUCAACUGAAAAUAUAGUAGAAAUAAGUGCAAUCGAGGUAUAUUUGACUAACAAAAAACUGUGUAUUAUCUCUGUAUAUCGCCCUCCUCACGGUGAGAUAUCUCCAUUUCUCAAGUCAUUGGAAAUUAUUCUAAAUUCAGUCUGCAGAAACGCCAAUAAUGAGAUCAUAAUUUGUGGAGAUCUAAAUAUCUAUAACCUAGGCGACGCCACUGCUAAGAGGGAACUAACAGAUGUACUAUCAUCUUUCAACAUUUCUAAAUUGAUAAAUACUGAAACGAGGGUCGCAAAAAAUUCAAAAACAGGUAUAGAUUAUAUUUGUGUAAAUAAUUCAGGAAAUAUUUUGAAAUGCAACGUUAUUUUUAAUGGGUUAUCUGAUCAUUCUGCACAAAUUUUAACCAUAAGCGAAAAUAUUAAUAAACCUGUAUUGACGCAGUAUGCUAGGUCAUUCACGGAACGAAAUCAUCAUAGAUUUCGAUCUUAUUUAUUAAAAGAAACUUGGAGUGAAGUUUUCACAUGUCAGGAGGUAAAUGAAGCGUUUUCGAAUUUUGUUGAAUCUAUGAAAUAUUACACGGAUAUAACAUUUCCACUCAGAAAAUACAAGCCAAAUCUACACAACAACAGAAAAUCUUGGAUAACACCUGGCAUUAGCACGUCAUCAAAACACUUGAAAAGAAUAUACUGUGAAUUAUUAGACAGCAACUAUGACGAUAAUAUACUAAAUUUAUAAAAAUUGGUGUUUCUUACACCAGUAGAUGAUAAAAUUGUCAGGGAUGUACUGAAAAAUCUAAAAAAUUCGAAUAGCGUUGGAGUGGAUGGCAUAAAUACGAAAGUUUUGAAAAGAUGCGCAGAUUUGAUUGCCCACCCAUUGGCAUACCUCAUAAAUUUGAUGUUGGAUCGAGGUGUAUUUCCGGAGAUUCUUAAAUUGGCGAAAAUUGUUCCAAUCUAUAAAAAGGGAGAUACAGAAAAAGUUGAAAAUUUUAGACCUAUAGGUCUACUGUCCGUCAUAUCUAAGAUAGUUGAAAGAAUUCUUUUCGAUAAAAUUAUUUCAUUCCUGACUAGUAACAAUAUCCUUCACAGUGCGCAACACGGAUUCCUGAAAAAUAGAUCAACAACUACAGCCAUUCACGACUUUUUGAGCAAACUAUAUGACAGUGAGGUAAAAUGAAAACUCUAGGACCUGGUUAAUCAUGAAUUGCUUCUCGAAAAAUUGAUAGCCUAUGGAUUAAGAGGGCAAGUAAAUAAUUUGCUGAGAUCCUACUUGACCAACAGAGCCCAGGUAGUGGAGAUAGAGGGUGUAAGAUCUAAAGAAAAAAAAUAUAGAGUUUGGUGUUCCUCAGGGUUCUGUAUUGGGACCCCUAUUGUUUUUACUAUUUGUAAAUGACCUACCAGAUAUAGAUGAGAGAAAUUCGAUUGAAAUGUUUGUCGAUGAUAUCAGCUACCUAUGUAGCCAUAAAAAUAAAGAAGAACUCAUAAUGUAUGCACAAAAAAUGUUAGAUGGAUUCGUUACUUGGUUUUAGAUAAUAGACUGUACCUAAACAUAGAAAAAACGGUAUUUAUCAACUUUACCCCUCGAACUAAGCUCAGCAUGGAAUCAUUUCUGAUAAAAAUUAAUAGUAAGAGUAUACAGCAAGUUUCAGAAUAGUUAUUUAUAAUACAAGUGCAGAAGGCAUUGAUAUUCUUCCACGAGUUCAAAAUACAAAAACGAGCCACGAAGUGGCGAGUUUUGGA